UUACAGUCCUCGCCACCAGCUAAAUCAAGGCGAGCUGAAGAUGACUCUCCUGAAAUUGUUCUAGGCGAGCAAUCACAUGAUGUGUCAAAUAAAAUGCAUUGAAUAUUUUAGUGAGAGGCGAUCAGUUUGCCACUCUCCUAAAACCUUCCAGAGCACUGUUUCCUGGUGGAAAUGUUGGUAUUAAAGUGACUGGAUACGCCAAAGCAGGACGACUUAUCUAUGACAUGGCUAUUCAGGCCAAUGACAAGGGAGAUUAUUUUCCACUGUGGGGAACCUGUCAGGGCUUCCAACUGCUGACCAACUUGACCUCUAGAUGUUACCUUCUCAAGGCCACAGAUGCAGAGGAUCUUGCUUUACCACUGAAUCUCUCAAAUGUUUAUAAAUCGAGUCGUCUGAUGGGAAAUCUUCCUGCUGAUAUUCAACACAGUCUAACAUCACUUCCAGUGACAUACAAUGCACAUCACUGGGGUAUUUGGCAAGAGACGUUUGAAAAGACUGAAUCCCUGACGUCAUUUUACAGAGUCCUCUCGACAAACAAAGAUCGAAAACAGAUUUCAUUCAUAUCAACAAUGGAAGCUUUCGAGUACCCAUUUUAUGGCAGCCAGUGGCAUCCCGAACUUAACAUUUUCUGGUGGAAUCCCCAGAAACAUGUAGAUCAUGAAUAUGCAGCUAUCAAAGUAUCUCAGUACUUUGCCAACUUUUUUGUGAAUGAAGCUCGAAAAAGCAGCCAUACCUUUCCUAGCAUCACCAUGGAAUCAAGUCAUAUGAUAGAAAAUUUUAAACGUGUUUUUUCGAAUGAUGGAUCAUUUGAGCUGGAUUAUUUUUUCAAUUACACACAAAAUGUGUGACAGCACACAAGUAAGCAUGGAAGAUCUUGAUGGCAUGAGCAGGCAUGGAAAUAAGUUGAGACUGAUUAUCCAGGUUACCACUGGACAAGACAACUUGUGACAGAAUGCAAUUUGGAACAGUCUAAGACUUAAAUUUGUUGAGUAAACUACUGUAGAAUACUUUAUUUUCGCGUGGAAUUUAUUUUCGCGUGUGAAUGAAAUUCGUGAAAAUAUAUUUCACGCGAAAAUAAAGGCCGACAAAAAAAAUUAAAAUGUGUAGUCUCGUUCAACUAUACCACAUUAGUUUCCGAUGUACGAGACUAGUAGUAACAAAGCGGUGCUCCCUCCUGUCAUGGAACAAACCACAAAACACAAAAGCUGUUUAAAACUUUAAGUCAAGAACACGAUGAUAAGUACAUACAUCAUAAUAUAACAAUACUAACACUAAAAAGCUUUAUGCUGUUUUCCUUCGCAUGUGCUAGCGAUCAGUUCAUCGGACAGUCUACACGUGUUCAACAACGGAAGUAAACAUGCAUUAUCACAGUAUAUUAAAAAUGUGGAAGUGAAAAAAUCUGGACUGGGCUAUAACAAUUAUAAUGAUUAAGAAAAACUGCAUGCGGUAAGCACCUUCUGUAAGGUUAUUAACUUGUAAACAAUAAAGUCUUGAUUGGUUAAAGCAGAAAAACUAUUGUUUUAUGUGUAUAGCACUCGUGUGUACAUACCGGCUUUGGUGGCGUCGUGGCAGGCCAUCGGUCUACAGGCUGGUAGGUACUGGGUUCGGAUCCCAGUCGAGGCAUGGGAUUUUUAAUCCAGAUACCGACUCCAAACCCUGAGUGAGUGCUCCGCA